AUUUGGGAUGGGCUUCUGGCUUCACACAGGUCUUGUGGGCUUUGCUCUGGUGAGGGGAGGCUGGUGCUGCAGCCUUGGAUGAGUGGCCAGGCAGUGCACAGGGUAAAUGGGUGCUCCUGGGCAGUGACAGAAGGUGACCAAAGCAGGCAGGAUGCCUCGGGGUGGAGGAGACCCUUCUGCUCAUGAACCAGGAGCUACUGUCAGUGCAAGCAUGAAGCUUCCCAUUGCUUCUGCCAACUGCUGUCCUGCCCUGCUUUACGAGAGAUCAGAGAUGUCAGCCUGUUCCUUCCUUCUGUUGACUGAUCCUUAAGCUCCAGCCAUGAGCAGAGACGCUGGCAUGGAGGUUUUUGGGGAGGCUGCACCGUACCUGCGCAAAUCAGAGAAGGAGAGAAUUGAAGCCCAGAACCAGCCAUUUGAUGCCAAGACCUACUGCUUUGUGGCUGACCCCGAGGUGGUGUACACCAAAGGCAAGAUCAAGGCUGCACAGGAUGGGAAGAUAACUGUUGAGACAGAGGAUGGCAGAACACUUGCUGUCAAACCUGAUGAUGUCUAUGCCAUGAACCCACCUAAGUUUGACAGAAUUGAAGAUGUGGCAAUGUUGACUCACCUCCAUGAACCUGCCGUCCUCUACAACCUCAAGGACCGCUACAGCUCCUGGAUGAUCUAUACGUACUCAGGUCUCUUCUGUGUCACCGUCAACCCCUAUAAGUGGCUGCCAGUGUACAGCCCGCAGGUGGUGGCUGGCUACCGAGGCAAGAAGCGUCAGGAGGCCCCUCCACACAUCUUCUCCAUCUCUGACAAUGCCUAUCAGUCCAUGCUGACUGAUCGUGAAAAUCAGUCCAUCCUGAUCACUGGGGAGUCCGGAGCAGGGAAGACCGUGAACACAAAGCGCGUCAUCCAGUAUUUUGCCACAAUUGCAGCGGGUGGAGACCUAGCCAAGAAGAAGGAGUCUUGGAUGAAGGGGACACUCAAAGAUCAAAUCCUCAGUGCUAACCCACUGCUGGAGGCCUUUGGGAAUGCCAAGACUGUGAGAAAUGACAACUCCUCGCGCUUUGGUAAAUUCAUUCGUAUUCAUUUUGGGACCUCUGGAAAACUGGCCUCUGGUGACAUUGAGACCUACCUGUUGGAAAAGUCAAGAGUCACUUUCCAGCUGAAAGCGGAGAGAAGCUACCACAUCUUCUACCAGAUCCUCUCCAACAAGAAGCCUGAGCUGCUUGAGCUGCUCCUCAUCACAUCCAACCCAUAUGACUACCCGUUCAUCAGCCAAGGGGAGAUUUCUGUGGCCAGCAUUGAUGACCAGGAGGAGCUUGUUGCCACAGAUGCAGCCAUUGACAUAUUGGGCUUCAGCCCUGAUGAGAGAAUGGGGAUUUACAAGCUGACAGGGGCAGUUCUACACUAUGGAAACAUGAAGUUCAGGCAGAAACCACGUGAGGAGCAGGCAGAGCCAGAUGGCACAGAAGAGGCUGACAAAGCAGCAUACCUGAUGGGCCUGAACUCGGCAGACUUGCUGAAAGCUCUGUGCUAUCCCCGGGUGAAAGUGGGAAAUGACUAUGUCAUGAAGGGCCAAACAGUGCAUCAGGUGCACCACGCAGUGAGUGCCAUUGCCAAAUCAGUCUAUGAGAAACUGUUCUUCUGGAUGGUGAUGCGCAUCAACCAACAACUGGAUACAAAGCUUCCAAGACAGCACUUUAUUGGGGUCUUAGACAUUGCUGGCUUUGAGAUUUUUGAGUUCAACAGCUUUGAGCAGCUGUGCAUCAACUUCACCAAUGAGAAACUGCAACAGUUCUUCAACCACCACAUGUUUGUGCUGGAGCAGGAGGAGUACAAGAAGGAAGGAAUUGAAUGGGAGUUCAUUGACUUUGGGAUGGACCUGGCUGCCUGCAUUGAGCUCAUUGAGAAGCCCAUGGGCAUCUUCUCCAUCCUAGAAGAGGAGUGCAUGUUCCCCAAGGCAACUGACACCUCUUUCAAGAAUAAGCUCUAUGACCAGCACCUGGGCAAGUCCAACAACUUUCAGAAGCCCAAGCCUGGCAGAGGCAAGGUUGAGGCUCACUUCUCCCUGGUGCACUAUGCUGGCACGGUGGACUACAACAUCACUGGCUGGCUUGAGAAGAACAAAGACCCUCUGAAUGAAACUGUUGUGGUGCUGUAUCAGAAAUCAUCUAUGAAAAUUUUAUGCAACCUUUAUGCUGAUUUUGCUUCCAUAGAUGAAGCUGAAGGUGGUGGGAUUAAGAAGAAAGGAACCAAGAAAAAGGGCUCUUCCUUCCAAACUGUCUCUGUACUCUUUCGGGAAAACCUAAAUAAGCUGAUGUCCAACUUGCGAACAACCCAUCCUCAUUUUGUGCGUUGUAUCAUUCCCAAUGAAACAAAGACCCCAGGCCUGAUGGAUCACAAGCUUGUUCUGCACCAGCUGAGAUGUAACGGCGUCCUGGAAGGCAUUCGCAUCUGCAGGAAAGGAUUUCCUAACAAGAUACUAUAUGGGGAUUUUAAACAAAGAUACCGCCUUCUGAACACUGCUGUCAUUCCAGAAGGCCAGUUUAUGGAUAACAAGAAGGCGUGUGAAAAGUUGCUGUCUUCCAUUGAGAUAGAUCAUACUCAAUACAAAUUUGGACACACUAAGGUGUUCUUCAAGGCAGGCUUGCUGGGUGUCCUAGAAGAGAUGCGAGAUGAUUGCUUAGGAAAACUCAUCACGCAGACACAGGCUUUAUGCAGGGGAUACCUCAGGAGGCUUGAAUUGAAAAGAAUGGUGGACCACAGGGAGUCCAUCUUCUGCAUCCAGUACAACAUCCGUACGUUCAUGAACGUCAAGAACUGGCCCUGGAUGAAGCUGUACUUCAAGCUAAAGCCCCUUUUGAAAAGUGUGGAAACUGAGAAAGAAAUGGCCAUAAUGAAGGAAAAGUUUAAGAGAACAAAAGAAGAGCUGGCUAAAUCAGAAACCAAGAGAAAAGAACUGGAACUAAAAAUGGUGACUCUGGUGCAAGAGAAAAAGGCUCUGCAGCUGCAAGUACAGACUGAAAAUGAAAAUCUGGCUGAUGCUGAAGAAAGAUGUGACCAGGUGAUCAAAGCCAAAUUCCAGCUGGAAGCAAGAAUAAAGGAGGUAAUGGAAAAACUGGAGGAUGAAGAGGGGAUAAAUACUGAUCUGGCAGCCAAAAAGAGGAAACUCGAGGAUGAAUGUUCAGAACUGAAGAAAGAUAUUGAUGACCUUGAGUUAACAUUGGCUAAAGCUGAAAAAGAAAAGCAUGCCACAGAAAACAAGGUUAAAAAUCUAACUGAAGAAAUGACAGGUUUAGAUGAGACUGUUGUGAAGUUAGACAAGGAGAAGAAGGCCCUACAGGAAGCCCAUCAGCAGGCACUGGAUGACCUUCAAAUUGAGGAGGACAAAGUUAAUACCCUCACCAAAGCUAGGAUCAAGCUGGAGCAACAAGUGAACAAUGUUGAAGGAUCUUUCGAGCAAGAAAGAAAAGUUUGUAUGGACCUUGAACGAGCAAAGAGAAAGCUUGAAGGAGACUUGAAACUUGCCCAGGAAACCACAGUGGAUCUGGAGAAUGAUAAACACCACUUAGAUGAAAAAUUGAGGAAGAAAGACUUGGAAUUUAAUGAGAUGCAAACUAAAAUUGAGGAACAGCAGAGUUCAGGUAUUCAACUCCAGAAGAAGGUCAGAGAAUUGCAGGCUCGAGUGGCAGAGCUGGAAGAGGAGACCAUGAGUGAGAAGGCAGCGCGGGCAAAGGCUGAGAAGCAUUGCCAUGAGCUGUCGAAUGAACUUGAGGGAAUCAGUGAAAUGCUUGAAGAGGCUGCGGGAGCCACCACUGCUCGAAGUGACCUCAACAAGAAGCGUGAGGCCGAGUUCCAGAAGAUGCGUCGUGACCUCGAAGAGGCCACGCUGCAGCACGAAGCCACGGCUGCUGCCCUGCGCAAGAAGCACGCGGACAGCACUGCUGAGCUUGGGGAGCAGAUCGACAACCUGCAGCGAGUGAAGCAGAAGCUGGAGAAAGAGAAGAGUGAGCUGAAGAUGGAGAUUGACAGCUUGGCCAGUAGUACAGAGACCAUUACUAAGUCCAAGGCUCAUCUGGAAAAAUUGUACCGCACUCUGGAAGACCAGAUGAGAGAUAUGAAAGCCAAAUUUGAGGAAAACCAGAGAAACAUGAAUGAGAUGGUGAUCCAAAAAGCUCAGCUUCAGACAGAGUCCGGUGAACUGAGCCGUCAACUCGAAGAGAAGGAAAUCAUAACUGUGCAGCUGGCCAGGAGCAAGCAGGCAAUUGCACAGCAAAUAGAAGAGCUUAAGAGGCAGCUAGAGGAAGAGAGUAAGGCCAAGAACGCCCUGGCCCACGCCUUGCAGUCUGCUCACCACGACUGUGACUUGCUCCGGGAACAGUAUGAGGAGGAGCAGGAAGCCAAGGGGGAGCUGCAGCGCACCCUGUCUAAGGCCAACAGCGAAGUGGCCCAGUGGAGAACCAAAUAUGAGACAGAUGCUAUUCAGCGCACGGAGGAGCUGGAGGAGGCAAAGAAAAAGCUCUGUCAGCGUCUCCAGGAAGCAGGGCAGCAAGCAGAGACUGUGAAUUCAAAGUGUACAUCCUUGGAGAAGAUUAACUUGAAGUUGCAGGGGGAGGUGGAGGAUCUGACAGUGGACAGAGAGAGAGCAAACACUUUGGCUGCUGCCCUUAACAGGAAACAGCAGAACUUCGAUAAGGUCAUGGCAGAAUGGAAGGGAAAGUAUGAGGAGAGCCAGCUGGAGCGGGAAGCUCUCUCUAAAGAAUCACGCUCACUAAACACGGAGCUUUUCAAAGUGAAAAAUGCCUAUGAGGAAACCUUAGAUCAGCUUGAAAUGAUCAAACGGGAGAACAAGGCUUUCAAACAGGAAAUAGCUGAUCUGACUGAACACAUUACUGAAAAUGGCAAAAUGGUUGGAGACCUCGAGAAAGCCAAAAAACAAGCUGAAGUAGAAAAAUCUGAGCUGCGAUUAGCUCUGGAGGAAGCAGAGGCAACUCUUGACCAUGAAGAGGUGAAAAUUCUUGGCAUCAACCAAGAACUGACUCAGAUUAAAUUAGAAAUCAACAGAAAGAUUGAUGAGAAAGAUGAGGAGAUCAGCCAGUUAAAAAAGAACAAUCAAAGGACUGUUGAGACAAUGCAGGGUGUUUUGGAUGCUGAGAUCAGGAGCAGAAGUGAAUCCUUAAGGCUGAAGAAGAAGAUGGAGGGAGACCUGAACGAAAUGGAGAUACAGCUGAGCCAUGCCAACCGCCAGGCUGCUGAGGCACAGAAACACCUGCAAAGCAUCCAGGGAGUUCUCAAGGACACGCAGAGGCAGUUGGACGAUGCUCUGAGGACACAGGAGGACCUGAAGGAGCAGGUGGCCAUGGUGGAGCGCAGAGCAGACCUGUUGCAGGCUGAAGUUGAGGAGCUACGGGCAGCCCUGGAGCAGACGGAGCGGUCCAGGAAAGUGGCUGAGCAGGAACUGAUGGAUGCUACUGAACGUGUGCAGCUCCUCCAUACCCAGAAUACCAGCCUUCAUAAUACAAAGAAGAAGCUUGAAGCUGAUAUGGCACAAAUCCAAACUGAGGUGGAAAACAUUACUGAUGAAGCAAAAAAUGCUGAAGAAAGAGCAAAGAAAGCAAUCACAGAUGCAGCCAUGAUGGCAGAAGAGCUGAAGAAGGAGCAGGACACCAGCGCCCACCUGGAAAGGAUGAAGAGGAAUCUGGACCAGAUGGUGAAGAACCUGCAGCACCGUCUGGAUGAGGCCGAGCAGUUGGCACUGAAGGGAGGAAAGAAACAGCUCUUGAAGACAGAGGCCAGGAUCCGGGAGCUAGAGGCUGAGCUGGAAGAAGAACAUAAACGAUCUGCAGAGGCUAUGAAAAACAUCCGCAAAUACGAACGGCGUGUCAAAGAGCUGACUUUCCAGAAUGAAGAACACAGGAAGAACAUGAUGAGGUUACAAGAUUUGGUAGAUAAACUGCAGAUGAAAAUCAAAUCCUACAAAAGUCAAGCUGAGGAAGCUGAUGAACAAGCCAAUACUAAUCUCUCCAAAUUCAGAAAAGCACAGCACAAACUGGAAGAGGCUGAGGAAAGGGCAGAUAUUGCUGAAAGCCAAGUAAACAAGCUCAGAGCUAAAACCCAAGCAGUCCCUUCUGCAAAGGUAGGCAGGUUGUGCAGUCUGUACUGUUUGCUCAAGCAAGUCAAGCAGUAGAUUUAUGCCUUGCUGGUGGACAUAGCCAUCACUCCGAAAGUAGUGUUCUGGAAGGAAGGGCUUUGAGGAAAGGCUGAGAGGACUGAAAUUGUUCAGCCUGGUGAAGAGAAGGCUCUGAGAAGACCUUAUUCUGGCCUUUCAAUAUAUAAAGGGGGCUUAUACGAAAGACAAAGAAAGACUUUUUACCAGAGCCUCCAAUGACAGGAGACAAUGGUUUUAAACUGAAAGAGGGGAGAUUUAGUUUGGACAUCAGAAAGAAACGUUUUACAAUGAGAGUGGUGGGACACUGAACAGAUUGCCCAGAGAAAUUGUGGAUACUUCACCAUUGGAAAUGUUCAAGCUCAGAUUGGCUGGGGCUUUGGGCAGUCCGAUCUAUUGAAAAUGUCCCGGUCUAUGGCAGGAGUUUUGAACUAGAUAACGUUCAAAAGUCCCUUUCAACCCAAAUGAUUCUGAGCUAUUAUGAUUCUGUGAGUGGCAUUUCAGGCUCUGGUGCCUGUUGGCUCAUGAGCCUUCUGGCUUGUUCCAUUCCAUUUGUUUCAGAUUUAAGAAGCGACCUCAUAAAGUGACAGCAAUGAGAGCCAACCUAACUCUGAGCAUCCCUAAAACAACUUUCCUGUGGGCCUUAGGUAGAAUUAAUGUUCUGAUUAAGUAAUAUGCAGCAGCACUGUGUCUUCAGCUGAACUUCCUGGGCAGUUGUCUAUAUCCGGCUCAAGACUGGUUGCUACAAGAUCCAGAGCCUGUUUUCUAGUGUGAUCUGAGCAGGUGUAACACCUGACUGCACAUAUCUAGGAAAUGGACAACCUUGGCUCCAGGCUGCCUUCUGCUUCCCCACAGCAUCCUCUUACUCGUACAGCAUUUUAACUCUAGAGAGAUGCUAUGGAAGACAUGCUUUCUCCUGAAGGCUCUGUCCUGACACAUGACAGACAAUGUUAGUUCUACCAGAGGAUGGUGUGCACCUUUCACUGAGUCCCUUAAUAUGAUGUUCCAGUAUAAAAGGCUUUGAUGACUCAGUGCUUAUAAGGUUAUCUCACCAAGACCCCAGGAGAAGCACUUGGAAAGCUGAGUCCAGUCCUGAACAAAGUUUACAGACAUGAGAUUCCCUUAUACAGGGAAUGCUGAAUCUCUAGUUGAAUUGAAAGCCUGACAGGGGCAAGAUU